GUGAGCGCAACUAUCGGGCAGCGACGUAAACAAUCAAUUGCUGUCUUCCCCACCUUUCAUCGUCCCCUUCAUAUCGCAUACUCACAUUCAACAUGGCGGAUCGUUUCCCUUCAUUAGACGAGUUCGACGCUGGUCAGAGCGAAGCCCGCGGCGAUGCUACCAACUUCGAAGCUAUCGGCGAUGAUGCCGGCGACGACUUCCUCUCCCGUGAGCGCGCAAUGCUCGGCGACGAUGCGGAUCUGUUUACGUCUGAGAACGACAAGCUGGCAACAGUCGAGGACGGCGACGACGACCUGCUUGGCGGUGACUUUGGCGGCCAGACCAAUGCCGAUUCACAGGAGAUGAGCGGCUUUGAGAGCUCUUUCCCAGCGAUCGACACACCCAACCAGCACAUGGCCCCAGGCGGCACAUUCACAGGGUCCUCGCUUCCCUUCCUCCCCGGCCAGCCCACGCCCUCGUUCACACCCCAAAGGUCUAGCUCGCCAGAGCCCGACGUCAUCCGCGAAUGGCGCGAACGCCGCGACCUGCAGAUCCAGCACCGUGACGAGGUGUCCGCUGAGCGCAAGGCCAAGACCAUUCAAGAGGCCCAGCAGAACAUCGACGACUUCUACGAGAACUACAACAACAAGAAGGAGAAGGAGAUCGCCAAGACACGGAAAGAGGCCGAGGAGUUCCUUGCCAACCGCGACGACACAACUGCCGGAGGAACAAGCUGGGAGCGCAUUGCUAAGCUGGUCGAUCUGAGCGGCAAGGGCACAAAGGGCGGAGCGUCGGGCAGCGAGAAGGCGCGCUUCAGGGAACUGCUGCUCGCCCUGAAGAAGGACGAGAAGGCCCCUGGUGCGACUGGGUAUUAGACGGCUGACAGGUCGCGCGACGGGUGCGAAAAGAGACGCUACAUGAUGAUCAUUUCGGGGACGGUUUACGCAUGACUUUGGCAAGUCCGGGAUACCUGGAUGCGGCUUGGAGUUCAUGGAUGGGGGGCUAGGCUACCUCGCACAACUAUGUUAAUACCUCAUUCCUCGAUUUCAUGGUCUGGCUGUGGUUCACGAUAUGCACUGAUCAUUCCCAAUCUUGAUUUCAGGAUUCCAUCUAAUGUUUAUCACGACAGCUUUAC